UAAAAAGCUCCAAAAAGACAAACCAAACCACCUUUGAUAACCAUAUUAUAAGUGCUAGCUUUCCCACAUAAAGUCUGGAUAUAACCAUCUGAGGAGAGACUUCAAGGAGCUCUCUCUGAAGAUGAGUUUAAUGAACCGCCAUGUGAAUGAAAACACCUUGUUCUUCCAAGCUCCAACUUUCAUCGAGUGGCUCAAGCCACGGCCACCAUCACCGCCACCACCACCCUAUACUUCUUCUUCUUCGUCGUCUUCUUCUUCUUCUUCGGCUUCUGCGAAUCCGGACGAGUUUGUUCAGGAGAGUACUAUUCAAUGUUUGCCCCUUCUAAGCAGGUUUACUGAGACUAAGGCGAUGAAAGAAGAAGAUUUCCGAUCCCAAAAGGAGGGUUUUGCAAUUAAGGAAGAGAGGGUUGAGAAAGUUACUGUUGCCUUGGGCAUUGGUUUGCCUAACACGGGGGAUAUUUCUGAUGCUGAUGAGAAGACAAAAAUUCAGCUCAAGGUAGAAGAGCCCGUGAAGAUCCAUGGUUGUUCUUUUAACACACAGAGUAGGUUUUGGAUACCAACUCCGGCGCAGAUUCUUGUUGGGCCGAUGCAGUUUGCUUGCUCCAUAUGCAACAAGACCUUCAAUAGGUACAAUAACAUGCAGAUGCACAUGUGGGGGCACGGAUCCGAAUAUAGAAAAGGACCAGAUUCGCUUAAAGGAACACAACCAGCCGCCAUGCUGCGGCUGCCAUGCUAUUGUUGUGCGCAAGGCUGCAAGAACAACAUCAAUCAUCCGCGAGCAAAGCCGCUGAAAGACUUCAGAACACUCCAAACUCACUACAAAAGGAAGCACGGGGCAAAGCCUUUCAUGUGUAGGAAAUGUGGGAAAACAUUCGCGGUCAAAGGAGAUUGGAGGACACAUGAAAAGAACUGUGGGAAGUUGUGGUACUGCACGUGUGGAUCCGACUUUAAGCACAAGAGAUCGCUUAAAGAUCACAUCAGAUCCUUUGGGAAAGGCCAUUAUCCACACCCUUCUCUUGAUGGUUUUGAAGAUGACAGGGAAUGCAUCACGGGUUCUGAGGAUGAAUUCGCUCGCUGAAGUUUUCUUCUCUUUCAGCUUUGUUUGAACGUUAUUUAGUUUUCAUAUAUAUAUAUAUAUAAAUAUAGCAUGCUUAUCUAAGCUUGUGCUCAGUAACAAAAAAUUCUCAAGAAAUUCGUGGAGGCAAAUAGGGAGCGGUUUGUUACGGAGCACUUGCUGGGCGAUGGGCAGAUACUAUUAUAUAUAUAUGUGAUCUUUAGACAGUUUGCGUAGUGGUAUGUUAAUAAGCUGAUUACCUGAUCAAGUGAUGAAGUUGAUGAAUUUUCUUCUCUUACCAAACACAAACUAGGCAUUAGUGUUCAAUCUUAGUUGGGUUACCCUCUUCUAUGGAGAAAAUUUGUCCGCUUCAUCACCAACUUGUAAUCUUUAUGAAAAGGAUUGUGUUGUUGUUAUCA